GUGAGAUCUCGUCGUUGCAGAAUCGCAUAUUCGCCCGUCCCGACUCGGUAAGGAAAAGGCUUUCCUGCGCACCGCGAGCGCCGCGUCGCCGGGCUCCACCGCAGUCGCUCGCUUGCUCGCACUGCGAUGGUGGUGCCAAAUUGCAUCGAAAUUGGCCGCAGCUGAGGCGAGGCGAGGCGAGUCGGUGCGGUGGUUUCGACUGUCGGUCGGACUGGGCCACGCGUCCGCGGAGGUUGUUUCUUGGCCUCGGUGCUCUUGGUGUCGAUUUCGCGCCUGUGGAUUUCAUCAUCGCACAGUGUGAGCGCUGUGCGUCUCCCUCCACCUGCGGUCGUCUGCUCCACUCUGGUCAUGUCUUCCAGUGCGAUUCGAAACAGUUCUUUUUCCAUGAGUUGUACCAAGACCUUCCGGAUUCUGUGGAAGUAGCGGGGCGCUGUGCUGUGGUCAGGUCAGGCGUUUGCUGUACUUUUGGUGAUUGGAGAACUGGCCGCCACAGGAGAAUUUCCUGAAUUGCGCUGGGCUUGAGCACGGGGGAUGCAGCAAUGGAUUACGUUCAAAAUUUCGUGGCCAGCGUCGUGGAGGUCGCGACGCCUGCAGGUGGCGAGUCGAUCGCUGCCUUGUUGCGAUUUUCCAUGCUUCCGAUUGCCAAGGUGCUCGUUAUGUGCUCCCUUGGGCUACUCAUGGCCACGUCAUACAUCAACAUCCUUCCUGCUCUAGCUAGGAAAGAGCUCAGCAAGCUGGUCUUCUCCCUCUUUCUUCCAUGUCUUAUCAUUACGCAGCUGGGAAAAGCAGUGACGAUUGACAAAAUUCUAAUGUGGUGGUUUAUUCCUGUGAACGUUCUUCUCGGAUCAAUCAUCGGUUGUCUUGUCGGUUACAUUGUAGCACUGAUCGUCAAGCCACCUCCUCAGUUUUUCAACUUUACAGUCUGCAUGAUCGGAAUUGGUAAUAUUGGGAAUAUCCCUUUAGUACUUAUUGGUGCUAUUUGUCAUGACGAAAACAAUCCCUUCGGGGAUAUGGACAAGUGCAAUAGUGAUGGUGUGGCCUACAUCUCUUUUGGUCAAUGGGUUGGUGCGGUGGUUGUUUACACUUACGUCUAUCAAAUGUUGGCCCCUCCUAAAGACUUCGAGGAAAUUGUCGAGGUAGAGAAAGCACCAGCCCUGAAGGGAGACCACGCUAAUGGCACAUCAGAAGCACUAUCUUCUCAUCCGAAUGGACUUAGCACUGGAAAUGAUUUGACUGCUCCUCUGCUUCUUACUUCUGGAAAACAAAACAAGGUGAAGGAGUAUAUCAAGUCUUGUUUGGCGGAGAUCAAAAUCAUGGAUAUUCUCACGCAACCACCAGUUAUUGCUUCUUUCCUUGCCAUUGUCAUUGGUGGUAUCCCAAUGUUGAAGACGAUGGUCUUUGACGAGCAUGGUUUUUUCUUCUUUCUUUCUGACAGCUUAAAUAUGAUGGGAGGAGCCAUGAUUCCAUGUAUCAUGCUGGCUUUGGGAGGAAACUUGAUUGGAGGUGCGGGUAGUUCAGCGCUAGGCAUGAGAACGACAGUGGCAAUCGUGUUCGUGAGGCUGGUCAUAAUUCCAUUUGAGGGCCUGGUGAUCGUGUAUUUCGCUGACAGAUUCGGACUUAUUCCUCCAGAGGACAAGAUGUUCCGUUUUGUCUUGCUCUUACAACACACUAUGCCCACUUCAAUUCUUGCAGGGGCGGUGACAAACCUUCGCGGGUUUGCAGAGAAGGAAGCUUCAGCAGUCUUAUUUUAUGAGCAUAUCAUUUCAAUGGUAACACUGACAGGCUGGCUAAUUCUGUAUGUAAAUGUUCUCUUCUGACGGCCUUCCUUAGUGUUGUAAACUACAUACGCUUGUACACUAGAGUUCUGACCACCAUAAUUGACGCUGUGAAGUCCUGAUUUUACAUCCAUGCUGAUACUCUCAAUAACACUCAGCAGGACAAGGAUUUUCACACUCCUGUUGUAAAGUAUCGUUCGUGAGGGUUUUUCAACACCCGGAGAGUUAUAAAGUUGCAUAUUGAGGGGGCAAAAAAGAUGUUCCACUUA